AGUUAGCAUUGGGAUAAAAUAAAUUUUUUCCUAUUUUUACAUGAAUUUUAUGAUAUACAUUGUAAGAUCAAUUUCUUGUUAGAUUUUGAUUCUGUAUUUGGUAAUUAUAUCCCUUGUCCAUGCACAAACAAUAAUGACAUUGAAAAUUUGCCAGUUUUGGGGCUAUCCACCAGGUAGUUGUGUUAAAAGUGGAAUGUGCCAGCAGUGUAACGCGAGUCACGCCAACAUACUGAAGUUAGUGUUAUUAACAGCUCCUAGUGAGAACUGAACUGUCAUCUAUAAAUCUCCUCCUUUAAGGUAUAAAGAACAUAAACAAGGGGGCAUAAGACCCAUGUCUCCUUAUUUCCUUUAGAAAUUUAGCUCAGAAAAAUGUAACGCGAGUCACUUGUAACGUGAGUCACAAUAUCUUGGGUACUGUAACACGAGUCACAAAAUAAAACAUCUUGUCUGUUACAUCUGAGUGUUAUCUUUUAUAAUUAUUUCUUUGAGACAAAAGGAUAAUCAGUUUCUAAGGAUCCCAACAGAGGUCACUCUUGCCUAAUUACCCAGAAUCCUGCUGACUUCCUUUUGUUUUGAAGCCUGACCAUUGUGAUGGAGAAAAAAAUAGUUUUCAAAUCCAGUCUCAUCCAUCAUGGAAAAAGGUAAGUAGAAUGGAAGUUUUUGAACAAAGUAGUUCUAAUAAGAAUAAGGAACGUAUAGAGCAAGUUAAUUAUGUCAACUAAUGUAAGUAAAACUUAAAGAGACCGAAAUGUAAACACAACAAACAUGGUAAAACAAUGCAUGAUAUGUGCAGUAGGCCUUAUCACAUUGAGUGUCAUAAUUACAGUCUUGCUAGUCCACUAACAGCAGCAGAAAGACAGAGAAAAAGACGUGAGAAAUUACGUACUUCUGGAAAAUACGAAGAACACAGAAAACUUCUAAAUGAAUGAAGCAGAAAAAGCCGUAGUACGAAGAAAGCAAAGGAACUGAAGUUACCCAAUUCAGUGCAAAAGAGAUUAGCUGCUGAAAACUGUGAAAAAGUACGCCAGAGGGUGGCCAGGCAUCGAGCUUUAAAACAAGCCAGGAACAACAUUGGUCCAGAAUCGCCUGCAUUCAAGAGUGCUAGUGCCCUUGGUAAGACAACGAUGAAGGCAAAACGAGCACUUCAGCGGUCUCUUCCUGGGACGACUUUAUGACUAUGUACAUGGUGAAGUGCCGGAGAAAGAAACUCUGCCUAAAAGAGAUGGGCCAACUUCCCUACCAGCUGAGACAAUUGAAAAAGUUAAAUCAUUCUACUGUAGAGAUGAUAUAAGCCGCCAAGCACCUGGUCGAAAAGAUUUCAUCUCUGUGGCAGAUGAAAGUGGACAUAAGACUGAGUAACAAGUUAGACAUUUAACUUAAUCUGUGAAUGAGGUAUUUUCUUUGUUUGUUGACGAGUUUCCCGAUUUAAAAAUUGGGAAGAGUAAGUUUGCUGACCUUCGGCCACCUCAUGUGCUGCUUAGUUAUAGUAGCAAGCUUCCACAUAAUGUCUGCCUGUGCAGAUACCAUGAGAAUUUCAUUCAAGCAAUUGCAGCACUUCAUAAGGUUCAGCCAUCUGUUCCCCUCUAUACAUCUGACCUGCCUGAGAAAUUUCUUUGUUCACCAGCUCGCCGAGAAUGCUGGUUGAAUAAAUGCCAAAUUUGUUGUAAUGGACAGGGCUUCAAAAACCUUGUCGAUGCUGAAGAAAUCCAGAGCAAUGUGUCUUGGAUUGUUUGGAAAAAUGCAGAAAAUGGGAGGCUGGAUAAGGUAGUGGAAGAUGGAAACACUGGUGAUCUAAUCGCACAUUUCAUUGGCAUGAUACCAAAGUUUAUGGAGCAUUGCUUCAUAAAGAGGCAACAAGCCAAUGCCUACAAAGAGGAAAGGUCUGAUGCCACUGAUGAGUUUGAAAGUACAAAGGCCCUCCUGCAGGUUGAUUUCGCUGAAAAUUUCACCUGCUGGUGGCAAGAUGAAAUUCAGACUGGUCAUUGGCAUCAUGGACAAGUUAGCAUGUUUACUGUUGCACUUUGGUAUGAUGGUAGUUUGCAUCCUUUUGUUCUAGCCUCUGACAAUUUAACUCACUCCAAGGACACAAUUGUGGCUUAUAUGGAUUGUAUCCUUUCACAACUUCCUGAUCAUGUUCAGAAACUGUCCGUGUGGUCAGAUGGUCCUGCUUUACAGUUUAAAAAUCGAUUCAUUGCUGCUGUCUUAGAACCACUGCAGGCAAAACACCAUGUUGAAAUCACCUGGAUUUUUUUUGCCACCUGCCAUGGCAAAGGCCCAGUUGAUGGUAUUGGUGGCGGUGUAAAAAGAUUGGUUUGGAAUGGGAUUAGGUGCAGAAAAUACAUAGUAAAUAAUGCAUCAACAUUUACAGAAGCAGCAGCAUCUAGCAAUGUUAGGGUUCUAGAAAUCAAACCAUCUGAGAUAGAAGCCAUCAAUGAAUCAUUGUGCCUAGAACAAGUCUUCAAAAAUGCCCCAGCAAUUGCAGGCAUUAGUGACAUCCAUUGCAUGAAAAUGGUUGAUGGCAACAUUGCCACUUUCCUCUUGACCUCUGACAUGUCUGAUCAGAAUAAUGAGAUGCAAGAGCCUGGAGCCUCCCAAGUUCCAGUUGUUGGUGAAUGGUGGGCUGUGAGUUAUGAAGGGGAGAUAUUCCCUGUUAAAGUCCAGAAAAUAGAAAAAGGUGAAUACCAGGUGAAGGUCAUGGUGGCCGCUGGGAAAAAUUGGAAGUGGCCAAAUACCCCAGAUUAGAUUUUCUACACACUUGAUAAAAUGGUGCGAAAAUUACUGCCACCCAUCCUUGUGAAUUCACGUGAGCAUUACAGCUUUGCCAGUCUUUAAAUAAAAAGGCUUACUUAAGAUGUUUAUGAAAGAAGAGAACUUUACUGCUAAAAUUCUAUAUUUGGUUAAUCAAAUGCAAUUAUUGAAAUUCACCUCUUUCCAUGAUGGGGUUAAUCACUUAAUCAAUGUAAUCAAAUAUGUACAUGUAGGCUAGAUUUUUUUUUUAUCAUCAGGUGUUCACCAUACCAACUACCAAAAUCAGGAAGAAAAUCCUGUCCAUGUUUUAAUUCUGUAAGUGUGAGCAUUAUGUAGUUAGUGCUGCUUUUGAGGUAACGCGAGUCACGGUAACGCGAGUCACGCAUAUUAUGUAACAUUUUCUCUGUAACAAUCAAAAAGUUAAAAUUCCAUUCUAGCCUAUUCAGAACUAUGCAAUGUAGAGAGCAUCUUUAUGGUAUUCAAUGGAGUCCAAUGUCUUUAGUUUGAGGAGAAACCAUGCUAUUAUCAUUUGAACUUUAAAGGUUUUCCUUUUUUUGUAACGCGAGUCACGCUGUAAUCAAUUUGUAAUUAAAAUUUCAAUUAAAAUUCUUUAAAAAAUAAUUUUUAUAAUUUUGUUAUUUAUGCUAUAAUAAUCACAUGUGCAGUAGAUAAAAGUUUCUUGGACCACUGCUGUGGCUAUGACAGCAGCUGCAAGUUAGAAAAGUGGACUAAAAUGUAACGCGAGUCACAGUGGAAUUACCCAUAGAUUCUUCCGCAGAGUUGAUGACCUACACUGUAUCCACUUCAAACAGAACCAUAGUAGCAUGCAUUAACUAAUGCUGACAGGCCCAAAGUGAGAGGUUUAAACCUACCCCCAGGUCACCGUGUGAUCUCCAUAUGUGAGUAUACUUAUUCAGGAGAUCACAGUGAUCCCAGUUUCCCAAUGACAUGCUGUUCAGUUGAAAAUCUGUAGAUUAAAUCACCACCUCUUGUCCCUGAGUGUCUGUGUGUGUGCCCAACAAUGCACUGUCAUAACUAAGAAGCACUAAGCCUUGCGUCCUGUUCUUCCGGGGAUCGAUUAUUGAAAGCAGAUGAGGAAAGGAAAAUGAUGUUCAGGGAUGAAAAGCCAAUAUGACUUUAAUGUCCUUCUUAGUUUAACAUGCACUAGAAACCAUCUGGUCAGGCUUUACACAUCGUCUUUUCCCUGAAAAAUCCUGUAUCCUACAAACAUAACUAUCCUCCCAUCCAUCAAACCACUUAUCCUGGUCGUGGUCACCAAGGGGUCUAUACCAGGACGCAUGGGAUGCCGGUCCAUCGCAGGGCACACAGGUAAGCACACACACUCCUCUCAGGUAAAGGGCCUCGGUGUCACUCUCUUUCGAAUCUCACAUUAAAACCUUUCUCAGAUUUCCUUUAAGCACCUUUGCCAUACUGCUUGUCUUCGGCCGGAACUCACACAGCGAGACAUAGAAAUUACUGUUCACCAUUGUUACCUCCCGCAUUGAUUACUGCAAUGCCAUUCAUGCAGUCAUUCUUAAUAGAUUACUUCAUAGGCUCCAGGUCACACAAAACAUGCACUAUCCCUAGUGAUCAUAUCACCCUGACAUUCAUUCAGCUUCACUGGCUUCCUGCCUAGUACAGGACUGGCCAUAAGAUACUUCUGCUUACUUUUAAAGCCCUGCACAGCCUUGCUCGUAGUUACCUGGCUGAGGUUUUACAUUCUCAUACUCUGUCCUGCUCUCUAUGUUCUUCCUCAGCUGACUUGCUCACUAUUCCUGCUGUCAGACUCAUACCACGGCUGACCGGAUCUUCAGCCACUCAGCACCCAGACUUUGGGACUCUCUCCCCUUGAGUAUCCAGCUAUUGGAUUCAAUCACUCUAUUUAAAGUACACUUUACAACUCAUCUACAGUAUCUUUCUCUGUCAAGAAUUAUUUUAUUAUUACUCUUGUAUAAUUUGUGUAUGGAGUUUCUUAUUAAUUGUUGCUUUAAGACGUUAAUAAACUGUUUAUUUCAAGUAAGGUGACCUGAAAGUGUCCUGAAAGGCACCCAUAA